CCACCCAAAUUGCUUCCUUUGGGGGGAGCCUGGGCAGAGAUGGGCAAUGCUCAGCGUUCCUCUUUCGUUCCAGACCGCCCACUGGUGAAGGCAAGAGAGGCCUGGAGGGCGGCUGGGCCCCCGGGGCAGGCGGCAGACCCCUCGGGUAGGGGGCACAGAACAGGCAGGUGGAAGGAGAGAAAGAAGCUGGCUCCUCGGGCCACGGCCCCCAUCCUUGAACACGGGCGAGGAGGAACAGGGUCUUCUCCAACCAGCCGCAGCACUUCAAAGCCCCCGGCAGAGGCCCUGUCCGCGCCCCAGGUGCCCAGAGAUGCAGCCAACAGGGAGAAGCCCAAGCUCAGGAAGAUCUUGGUCGACCUUCGCCCCGUGCUGGAGGCCGUUACGGAGCCCUGGGACUCUUGGGAGGGGCGUUCAGAGACGAGGAGCGCCCGUCGUGCUGGGUGCUCUCCCCGGGAGCGUGGACGGCCCAGCAGGGGAGGCCGCGCCGGCGGCGGUGGAGCCAGCCCCGUAGAAGAUCAGACUCAGCGGGUCACCGCUCUGCCCCCGACAGCGGCCCAGCCCGGAGACAGCGGCCAGGCUGCCGCGGCGCCUGAGCCGCCCCUUGGCCAGGCGCCGGCUCCGAGGGACGGCGCGCUCGCCCGCCGGGCUGCUCCGAGGCGGGAGCCCACGUCUCCAGCGGGCUUCCCGAAGACAAGCCUCCAGCCAGAGCCAGCGGAGCAGCGGCUGCCCCCCGAGUGCAGCAGCUCGGCGGAGAUGGCUGGAGCGGGCGGCCUGCUGAGGCCAGAGCGCUCCCCAGACAUCCAGCUCCCCACGCGCCUGCUCCUGCAGCGACUCCGGGAGACCACGACCAGCAAGAGCCACCAGCUGAUCGCUCGGGCUCUGCAGUCUCUGCGCAAGGAGCUGCAGGGCGAAGUGGCUGCCUCGCCCCACGAAGGGGAGAGGUGGCGUUUGCUCCGGGAGCCUGCGCUGAACAGGAGGGAUGAUGCCAGGAGGAGGAACAGGAAGGCCGUGGGGCUGCAUCCUGCAGCUGCAGAGAGGAGACUGGUGAAGCUCACCUGGAGGACAGGCAGCCCCAUUGCCGGCAACACCAGGGAGGCAGCCUGCCCCAAAACCCACCGCUGACAGCCCCAGGACGAGAGCAGCUGGGUCAUGCAAACCUGCUCCGUCCCAUGUCAAAGCAGCACCGCCCUGCUGGAGGAGAGCCCAGUACAGCCAGCAGCAGAGCCAGAGAAGAUCCGGGGGGGCACAGGCCCCUCCGGCCCAGCUCCUGAGCCUCUGGCCAGGGUGAAGGAGCCAGAGGCUCCUGGACCCACGUGGCCAGGAAGACCCCAGCUCUACACCAAGAACUGACCUUCCCCCACUCUGCUGCCAGGCCUGACAGCUGGAUUUCUAACUCUGCCUGAUUGGUCCUGGCCUUCUUACUCCACCCUGGCCACCGGUGGGAUAGCUCAGCCAGGAGUUAACCCCCUGCUUGUCAGGGAUCUGUAGCUGGUGGUCCACUUCUGUGCGCCCCCAUCCCCCAGUGAGGACAAAGCGGGAUGUGUGCGUGACGGGGACCGAAAUGCAAAGGCCACCUCUCUGAACCAGAGGAAAAGAAGUCACUUGGUUCCAUAGGGUGAAUUAACCUGUGGAACUCACUGCAGGUAUAGAGAAGAGAAUCCAAUGGUUAGAGGUGAGGGAACAGUCAGGACUCCUGGGUUCUGUCCCAGUGACCAUAGGCAAAUCGCUUCUCCUUGUGCCACAAUUUGCCCUUGUGCACAAUAAAGGGUAUUAAACACA